CUCGUAAAGAAACGUGGGCAGAGAAUUGGGCGACACUCGACUCCGCGCUCCACUCCACUCACAGCACAGGAGUUUGUACAGAUCCGAAAGUGAUUGCGGGUGCUAAAGUGGCAUUCGGACAGGUACAGAGGAACUAAAGAGGGUUAAAGGAGUAAUAUACCAUACAGGAGGAGUGAAGGAAACCCAAAUUGGGGGGUAUCGGUGUGUGGCAGCGGUGAGCGAUGCGCUGGCACCAUGGCGAAAUGGUUCAAGGAGCACCUGGGAUUCAAGAGCGCCAAAGCUUCACCGCCGGCGCCCCCGAGACCAGAUUACCGGCACUGCCACGCCGCUGCUGCCGCCUACCAGCACCAGCUUACCGGCUCCGGGGCCGCGGGUUACCCGAGUCCCGCGCAGCCCGACAUCCUCGCCGCCUACAAACUCCAGAAAGAGCUGGACUUCGAGGAUCCGUACGCGGCCGGAGCCAACACUCCGUUCACCGGAGCUGCGCUCUCCGAAGUCAAAUACGUUUCCCCCAAACACCGUCUCAUCAAAGUGGAGACGCUGGAGAGGAGCAGCGGGAGUACCAGUAGUACCGGAGGAGGUGGAGGUACCACCAGAUCACCGACCUCCCCUUCAGCCGAGCAGGAGAGUAAACAGGACAAGCUAAUAAUCCUGGAAGACUACGCGGACCCGUUUGAUGCUGCCGAUCAAGCAGGUGGCACUCAGGUCAGUGUGGAGAAGCCGGUGGAGAACGAUGGCUACAUGGAGCCGUACGAGGCUCAGAAGAUGAUGGCUGAGAUCCGAGGUAACCGUGGUGUGAAGGAUGGCCUGGUUCGACAGCCUCCCCUGUACGACACACCGUACGAACCAGCAGAGAACGGUGGAGAUUCUGACCCCUUAGGCUCACACGAGAGCAGACUGCCUCAGGAUGACGAGAGGCCGCCGGAGGAGUACGAUCAACCCUGGGAGUGGAAGAAAGAACGCAUAUCCAAAGCCUUUGCAGUUCAGUUCGAGGGUGCGGAGAAAGGCAGAAUGUCUCCGACGAAGGACGGGAAGUCCCGGCCGCCCCAGCGCCACUCCAGCGGCUGCCUGGUGAACAUGAAGAUGAGUUCGGUGGAUCAGUGUGGGCCCCUGAUGGGCGAGCGCAUCGACCCCACCAUGCCACUGGAGAGCCAGUUCUGGUAUCACGGCGCGAUCAGUCGGACAGACGCCGAGUCCUUGCUGAGGCUGUGUAAAGAGGCCAGUUACCUGGUGAGAAACAGCGAGACCAGUAAAAACGACUUUUCACUCUCACUCAAGAGCAGUCAAGGUUUUAUGCACAUGAAGCUGUCAAGAACCAAAGACAAUAAGUACAUCCUGGGUCAGAACAGCUGUCUGUUCGACAGCGUACCGGAGAUCAUCCACUUCUACUCCAGCCGCAAGCUGCCGAUCAAAGGAGCCGAACACAUGUCCCUCCUCUACCCUGUGGCCAUCCGGACACUGUAGCCCAGUGCUAACGCUUCGACCUUGAGUUACCUUGAAUUUAAAUGCUGUAUGAUGGCCAAGGAACUUCGAUGACUUGUUACAGAUGGAUCCAGCAUCUCUUUUGUCUUUAUUUACAGCAAAACACUGGUGGAUUGUGUUGGAUAUGUUUCUGUUAAGCCUUCAUAGAUGAACUUGUUCACAGAUGUAAACAGAGAUACUGGAACAGUUUACAGCAAACUGGAAUCUUUAGAAACAAAAAUGUCACCACUAUCCCUGUGAUGACUGAAAGUCUCACUUUUUUAGCCUAUAGCAGGUCAGAUCAGCUCAGUAAAACAUACAGACAACAGACCACUGAAUUGACUUAAAUGUUAAUAAUAAGGUUUGAUUUUUUUUCCAAGACUUUAUGUGCAGCCGAUUGCUCUUUUCGGACAUUGUUUUUCCACAUGGACCUAUAACCCUUAGCUUUGACCUGCACCCACAUCUUAGCCUUGUUGAUUGUCCUAGCGUCUUUCAUGCUGUAAUAAAAUGUCAUGCAAACAAUGUGGACAUUUCUGAACUCCAGGAUGGUCUAUGAACUGCUGUUUUGUAAUACUGUUAAUCUGUUUGUGAUGCUAGUCGACCUUCCGAAUCACAUUUCUUGUCACUGCUCGAGGUCUACUGAACUGCAGAUAUCUCUGAUGUCAAUGAAUACGCCAGUCACAGCUUAAAUACAUCGUGUAUGUUUCCUCAGUGUAAAGAAUGCUGCAUUUAAAUGGAAAUGUGAAACAUGAAAACAUGAAAUUCAAGUCAUGAAUCACUGUAAAACGGAACUAAGCCUGGUGAACGCCAAGCCCAGACCAGCAAACAUGUCUGCGCUGAACUUGUGUGCGCCAUCUAUAAGCUGGACCUUGUUAAAUAAAUUGCCCCCUCAUGGACAGACCUGACUUAGAGCUAACUGACUCUGGGCUGCCUGGUGAUAACUUGCAAACUGCUCAAACAUCAUGUGGACUGCCCAUACUUGGCCCUUAUAGGCUUUUUAUGAGUUUUUGCUAUGUCUACACUGCCCAUAGUCUCUGUUUGUGUGGCUCAGAGCCUGUUUAUGAGCUUAACAGCUACCAACUUUAACAGCCAGAGCUUUUAUGUGGGCUAGGUAUUAAUAAGUAUUUUUGGAGAGUGGAAAUGAGACAGAACCAUGGACAAUAUGUACAUCUAAUGUUUACUAAAAGGCUCUGUAGGGCUAAAGUUAAAAUACCUAAUGCUUUAACAACUAGAGCUCAAUACCUAAUGCUUUAACAACUAGAGCUCAAUACCUAAUGCUUUAACAACUAGAGCUUUUAUAUGAGCAAGGUAUUAAGACAUAUUUUGGAGAGUAAAAAUAAGACAGUAUCAUGGCGAAUAUGUACAUUUUCAUCAGACGUGCUAUCUAAAGCUAUCUAAUGCUAACUAAAAGGCACUGUGGAGCUAAAGUUAAAAUACCUAAUGCUUUAACAGCUAGAGCUUUUACAUGGGCAAGGUAUUAAUAAGUAUUUUGAAGAAUUGAAAUGAGACAGAACCAUGGACAAUAUGUACAUUUUCAUCAGAUGUACUAUUUAAAGCUAUCUAAUGCUAACUAAAAGGCUCUAUAGGACUAAAGUUAAAAUACCUAAUGCUUUAACAGCUAGAGCUUUUAUAUGAGCAAGGCAUAUUUUGAAGAGUGGAAAUGAGACAGUAUCAUGGCGAAUAUGGACAUUUUCCUCAGAUGUGCUAUCUAAAGCUAUGUAAUGCUAACUAAAAGGCUCUGUGGAGCUAAAGUGAAAUACCUCAUGCUUUAACAGCUAGAGCGUUUAUAUGGGCAAGGUAUUAAUAAGUAUUUUGAAGAGUGGAAAUGAGACAGAACCAUGGAAAAUAUGGACAUUUUCAUCAGAUGUGCUAUCUAAUGCUAACUAAAAGGCUCUGUGGUACUAAAGUUUAAAGACCUAAUGCUAACAAGUUAGCAAGUCCUCUGAUCUUUUGAGCAGACUUGGAAAUAAGUAAAAGCUAUCACAAAUAUCAAGAUUUUCCCUAGAUGUGUUAUGAACGAUUGGGAAAGACUUCAUCUGAGUAAAACCGUUAGCUACAGUCAUUAGCAAUAACAAUGCUAAAACAUAGCUCUGUUUGAAUGCAGCAUUAGCAACAGGAUGGUAGUUAAUGUGAACAUGGUUACAGUUAUGGUUUGUUCUGAAAUGAUUCUCCUAAUAGCAAAAUCUGGUUAAAUUUGGAAGACAGAAAUACAAUUAAUAACAAUUCAUUCUAAGCGACAAACAUGCUAAACUGUCUUUGUUAGCUCCAGUAUUUAGUAGGACUGAUGAAGAUGAUGCUGCACGCCAACAUGGGUCAUAAGGACCCGGGUUUGACCCUGGCCUCGAGUUUGGUAUGCUCUCUCAGUGUCCAUGAGGGUUUCUUUUGGGUACUCUGGUUGCCUUUACCUUUUAAAACAUACAAAUGUGAACUGGCAAUUCAAUAUGUGUGUUACUAGUGGAUCAGUACCCGGUUACUCUUUGUUCCCAGUGUUCCCAGGUGGCACUGGACCCACUGUGUCCACGACCAGAAUAAGACAGUUAAAGAAAUGAAUAAAUGAUGAGAAAUUCAUUCCUGGUGUGAUAAUAUACUACAUAUCUGACCCCCAGUGAAAUAAAAAUAAAUAAUAAUAGUAAAAGAGACUGAAUUUCUUUUGUGGCUCAGUGAAGUGUGGGAAAAAAACAACACUUUGGCAAUUUUAUAGAAAUGAGCCACUUUACAUUCACCCCCCCCCAAUUCAACUGAAAGCUCUUGACGAGGGAGAAUAAAAUACGUCUGCAUUGUCUACCUCAGAAAAUCGAUUUAAUUCCACCCAUCAGCCAAUCAAUAAGGUACAAUAAGAUUGCAGAUAUCGAUCCAGCUUCCUCUUCCUCUCGUCACUUUCCACUAAAUUGUACCUUAGGUUUAGGAACAGUUUUUUUCUCAGAAACUCAAUCAAAAGUUGUGUGCUUGUGCUCUCCGGAGAGGUUCUGCGAGCGUCAUUUGUAUGUAAAACAUCACUCUGUACUAAUGUGAUGCCUCUGACAUCAGUCCGGUCCAUGCCUUAUGCUGUAAAUGCAUGAUGAAACGAGUCAGUCCGGUAUUUCAGACUGAUUUCAUUUUCCAAAAAAAAAUCUGCUUUUCAUGAAUGUUCUGUGACUGUAAUUUAUUAUGGAUGGAGUGAUGAAUAAUAAUUAUAUCUGUGCUUCACUCCCUCCCGGAUAAGGGAACUAAGAUCUUUAUGUUUGCUUUGUUUACUUCUUGGUGUGUAUGUAUGAGUGUGCCUAUGUUUUAAAAAAAAAAAAAAAUCUAAAAGGCAUUUAUGUGGUGCUUGUGUGUGCCAGUAAUGCUGUUGGAAACAAAACAUCUCUAGUUAGUGGUUGUUGUUUUUUUCCAUCUUUUGUGAUUUUCUGUUACAGAUUUUUGGUUACACUUCAUUUAAGGACACUGUUUGUAUGUCUAUGGGAUGUCUACAGAACACCAUGACAACCGCUAUAAACCUUAAAUAAAGAUAUAUAAGGGUUAUUCCAACAA